AGCAGCCAGAUGGGGCUGAGGGCAGUGUGGGCUCCUGCCUCAGUUGGGAGUCGUAUCCUAGAGGGGGACGACAUGCCAACUGCCAAGCAACUAGCUGACAUUGGCUACAAGACUUCCUCUACCUCCAUGAUGCUCCUUACUGUGUAUGGGGGCUCCCUCUGCAGUGUCCGAGCCUCACUUUUUCCACAGGGGCGCAGCUCCCGGCUCCAGGCUGCAGAAGAACAGGAGACCACAGGAGUCCUGUAGAACGAGGGGGCUCUUCUCCAUGACCAGAGAGGCCUGAGGCAUGCUGUGGGAAGAGCUCACCUACAAUCAUCCAAAUCAAGAGAACCAGGGCCUUCAUGGUUUUCAAGCCCUGCUGGGGAUAAGUGCUGUUUUCUUGGGAACUGCCAGUUUGGGAGGCUACCAGAUCGUAACAGGAGCUGGGGGACGGGGAGGCACAUGCACAGACAUUCAACGUUUUGUCAU